AUGAGUGACCUCGAGGAUUUCAUGGAAGAGAUGGGCCAAGGCCGUCGCUCGGGCUCGCCUACCUCGGAUGUGCCCGACAAUCAGUCAGCAGUCAACAGCAAGAAACGCAAGGCUACCAUGGAGCCAGAGACAAAAAAGAAGGCAAAAGUUAUGGAGAACAAAGCUAUCUGGAUCACCAAUCUACCUCCCGACACUACCUUCAAGGAGCUUGAGGACGAGUUUUCCAGGUUCGGUAUCAUCGACAAGGGUGCCGACGGCCAGUCACGUAUCAAGAUGUACAAUGACGAGGAGACUGGAAAAUUCACCGGCAACGCAAUGAUUGUAUACUUCAAGAAGGAGGCCAUUGUCAACGCUAUCAAGAUGAUGGACGAUUACGUUCUUCGCCCUGGAGACUAUAGCAACGGCAACAUCCGAGUCGAACCCGCCAAUAUUGACCACAAGAAAGAGAAAGACGGAGAUAAGAUCGCGUCAAAGCUAACUCGUAAAGAUAGGAAGGCUUCAGAACGUAAUCGGCAGGAACUGAACCGUAAACUCAAUGAGUGGUCCGACAACGAAGAAGAAGUCGCCGCGGCCUUUGCUCCGAAGAAGAACAAGUGGGCCAAGGUUGCCAUUGUCAAGCAUGUCUUCACGUUGAAAGAACUUGAAGAAGACGACGAAGCCAUUCUUGAUAUCAAGGAAGAUUUCCGUGAGGCAGGCGAGAAGUACGGCGAGGUUACAAACUGUACACUGUACGACAAGGAGCCCGAGGGCAUCAUCACCGUCCGCUUCCGCGAGUUCGAAUCAGCCGAGAACUUCAUGAAAGACUACCAGGGCAAGUCGUACGCUCGGCGUAGGCUGCAAAUCUCACUCGCUGAAGACAAGCCCAAGUUCAAAAAGUCUUCCAAGGUCGAAGAGCCUGACAGCGAAGAGGAGUAGACUAUUGGCAAGACUUCGGCCACACAGGGUCAGCUCCCUUUGUCUGUGGGGGUCGUUGGUCUGAGUGAGCCUGUAUGAUCGGCUUUCUGUGUUUGGGGGGAAUGCCGAUCAGGAAUGGAUAUGAGA